GAGGAGGUUAAUUUCUGAAAGCCCUCCGCUGCUUAAAGGUUUACAAAAGUAGCUGAAGUAAAAACGUCUUAUCAAAGAUCGACUCAGAAGCUACAAUUUCCAAUUUUUUUUAGACCAGGGAAGUUUACAACAAGCAGCCAUGAAGCUGAAGUUACCAAACCCAGGACUGGAUGACCGAAUCCCAUCCCAUGAAGAUUUGGAAAGAAUAGAAACUGAGGAGGCUGGGGACAGGCCCAAAUGGGACAACAAAGCCCAGUAUCUCCUCACCUGCGUGGGCUUCUGUGUGGGGCUUGGUAAUGUCUGGAGGUUUCCGUACCUGUGUCAAAGCCACGGAGGAGGUGCGUUUAUGAUCCCGUUUCUUAUCCUGCUGGUUCUGGAGGGAAUCCCGCUGCUGCACUUAGAGUUUGCCAUCGGUCAGCGUCUGAGAAAAGGCAGCGUGGGAGUGUGGAGAGCAAUCAAUCCUUACCUGACCGGAGUUGGUAUUGCAUCGUUACUUGUCUCAUUUUUGGUGGGUUUGUAUUACAACACCAUCAUGGCCUGGAUCAUGUGGUAUCUGUUCAACUCCUUUCAAGAUCCUCUGCCUUGGAGCCAAUGCCCCCUCAAUGCUAACAGGACAGGUUUAGUGGAGGAGUGUGCACGGAGCACCACUGUUGACUACUUCUGGUACAGGGAGACUCUGAACACUUCAGAAUCUAUCGAUGAUGCUGGAGGCUUGCAGUGGUGGAUCGUGCUAGCCCUGGUAGCUGCCUGGACUCUGGUGUAUGUGUGCUGCAUUCGGGGCAUCGAGACUACUGGCAAGGCUGUCUACAUCACUUCCACUCUCCCAUAUUUUGUCCUCACAAUCUUCCUCGUCAGAGGACUGACUCUCAAAGGCUCUACAGAGGGAAUCAAGUUCCUCUUUAUUCCAGAUGUGAAUGAGUUAAUAAAACCACAGACUUGGUUGGAUGCUGGAGCUCAGGUUUUCUACUCCUUCUCCCUGGCUUUUGGAGGCCUCAUCUCUUUCUCCAGUUACAACUCUGUUCACAACAACUGUGAGCAAGAUGCCGUUCUCAUCUCCAUCAUCAAUGGCUGCACUUCAGUGUAUUCUGCAACGGUUAUCUACUCCAUCAUCGGUUUCAGGGCAACACAGAAAUUUGAUGAAUGCCAGGGAAAUAACAUCCUGACGCUCAUAAAUGCCUUUGACUACCCUGAAAACUCCAUCACAACAAGCAACUAUGAUGAAGUCCUGACCCACCUCAAUCAGACAAAUCCAGACAUCAUCCAAGAAUUGAGUUUAGUGACCUGUGACAUGCAGAGUCUCCUCAGUCAGGGUGUAGAGGGAACAGGUUUGGCCUUCAUUGUGUUCACAGAGGCCAUCAUCAAGAUGCCCGUUUCGCCUCUCUGGUCAGUGCUUUUCUUCGCCAUGCUCUUCUGUCUCGGCCUUUCGACUAUGUUUGGGAACAUUGAGGGAGUGGUGGCUCCUCUGCAAGACCUUAAAGUUCUUCCCCAAUCUUGGCCCAAAGAAGUUUUCUGUGGUCUGACUUGCUUAAUAUCCCUCCUUCUUGGGCUCAUAUUCGCCCUGCGCUCUGGGAACUACUGGGUAGCUCUUUUUGACAACUUUGCAGGCUCAAUCCCUCUCCUAGUCAUCGGAUUCUGUGAAAUGUUUGCUGUUAUAUACAUCUAUGGAGUUGAUCGGUUCAACAAGGAUAUCGAGUUUAUGAUUGGCCACAAGCCCAACAUUUUCUGGCAGGCAACGUGGAGAGUGAUUAGCCCACUCAUUAUGGUCUUCAUCCUAAUUUUCUACUUUGUUACCCAAGUCACCAAGAAGUUCACCUUUCUGGCAUGGGACCAGGAGGCGCCGAACUUUCCCGUCCUCGACCCGCGUCAGUAUCCCUCCUGGAUCUACGUCAUCAUCUUUAUCCUAGCUGGAAUUCCCAGUUUGUCCAUCCCCAUUUUUGCCAUCUACAAAUUUUUCCAGAGGAAAUGCUGCAAACGGAAGAGCUACAAAGAAGACUCAGUGGACUCUAUCUCUGCCAAAAUAAAAAUGAAUGGCAAAGCAAUGUUUUAGAUAGAUCUUGCCUUGAUUGUGUAAUGUGACUGAUAAGUACUAUCUUUUAUUACUCUGUACUAUGCACAACUUUGUGACUGCUGACUAUUAUCUUUGAAAAACAGAGUUAAAUUUAUAAGUUGUUAGUUUCUGUCUGUGUGCACUUUAGGAGAUUAUUCAUUAUAGGGCCACAGUACACCGGACAGCUUGGCAGAGGGAAAUGUUCAUAAAAUAUGCUUACACGUGUCUAAAGCUCAAUAAUUAACAUGUUCUCAGAUUUCCUUUGUCUGGAGUGCACAAAGAAACAAAA